CAGCAUUCAACUUGCUGAAGUGAAACUAUAAUGCUGUGGUGUCUUUCUUGGUCUCGGAGCGAGGGCAUAUAAGGUGGGAUGCUGUGGCCUCGACUUCAUCAGUACCAAACACCAAACACACACGACUCGUCUGCAAAGCCAGCAGGUUCAACUUCUAUCGAGAUGAGGCUCGCAUGGAUAUAUAUUGUAUCCACUCUCCUGAUUAUCGCGAGCUGCGAAAAGGAGGAGUCGAAAUCAGCAUCAAGUAAGAAUGAGGAUGAGGAUCCCAAGGAGAAAGAUUUGCAGCGGGAAACGCUAGAAAAUAUCGACAAGUUUCUAAACACCGUUACCGAUCCCGAGGGUAAACUGCCGAUCCUGCCACCGAUUAUUCUUCUGGACUUUACUAACGGUACAAAUUCGACGAGUGAUGAGAAAUCCAAACGAACUGUUAACGGAAACCUGGGUUACGGAUACAACACGAACAACCUGUUCUCGGGAAAGUACAACUACUAUUUUCCAGCUGGGAAGUCUGGUACGACUGUUAGUAUCGAAGAAUCCAUAACUCCCUUCCAGCCGAAGACAAUUGUAGAGAGUGUUAAUUUAAUUAAUGGAAAGAUAUAUGAUAACGGCGCUGCUAAUGGUUAUUCUGGAUCAUUGAGAUAUACGGGUUAUUCUACGACACCUGCCCCUAUCGUCGAACAACUGUUUCUACAGCGGCAGCAACAGCAACUUCAGCACCAACGGCUACUACAGCAGCAGCAAUUUAUCUCGAACUUGCAGUACCCUAUUGUAAAGCCUGUUUAUGGACAACGGACGAAGUUGCAGAAAGCUCCUGCUGGGAAUUUCAGAUCUGCUCAGACUUUCUCAACCACCCCAAAUCCAUCUUAUGCUUCUUACUCGACGCCAAGACCUGGAUUUGACUCUUAUACCACAACCACGCCAGGCUUCUCUGCGUACACCACGCCGAAACCAAGUUAUACCGCAUACACUACACCUCAGCCAAGUUUUCAUUUGAACUCGCACACGUCCGGAUUGAAUUUGGCAGGUUAUACCACCCCACGACCUCCUUCAUACCAGGGGUUCUCAAGCCCCAGGUUAUCAGCUUAUGUUAAUCCUACAAUGGCACCGUAUAACGUUCAGGGUCUAGGAUAUUCUACUUCUAGACCCUCAUAUGAAAGUGUUUCGACCGUUAGACCAACUUAUGAGACUGUAUCUACUCCGAGACCUGUUGGGCUGAAUUCAGCUAAUCCCGCAGGAUUGAAUCUUGUGACUGCAUUAACUGGUUAUCCAAAGUACACCAUUGAGAAUGGAGUCAAAUACGAACAUAAAAUAAUCUGGAAGUAUCCUAAUGGCAAAGUAUCUGAAAACCCACCGGCAUCUUAUGGAAAUGAUUAUUUUUCAUUCGGUAAUGCUAAUAAAUCGCCCUUAAAUGUGGCAUAUGAUAAUACCAAACCUGUUUCUGGAUAUCAAAAUGUUCAAGGAGCCACUUAUGCAGAAGAUUCAAUUGCAAACAUAUACUCUCAGAGUCCUGCUCAGUUUCCCACUGAUCAAAAUUUGAACUACCCUAAGCAAACUCAAUUCGUCUCCUCUGCUUCGUUAUCUUCAACUGAUUUUGGUUCCGUACCUCAGCAACAAGCUCAUAAGUUGAGUUAUCAAAACCAAGUUCCAAAAACAAACGGACGGGAUGGGUCUGCCCAAAAUGUAUUUUCAUCAUCUUCAGAAGUUAGAACGUCCACUUAUGAUAGAUCCAAGCAAGCCUUUGAACCGGAAUAUAAAGAAGACAAAGUUAUUACUACAUAUUCGGUCAACAGUCCAAAUCCUGAAUAUACGUAUACGACAGAGAGUUCACUGAAAGGAGCAGACACAACGAAAUCCUCUAACCUUUACACUCCGUCCGGUGAAAUCUCGCCAAAUAUAUUAUCAAAAUACACGCCUCAAGUUCAACGCUAUCUGACGAAAGUCUUGAAAAAUGGUGUCAGUUCGCAAAAUAAUAAUUAUGACAACAGUAACUCACAGACCUAUUCGAAUCGUCAAUAUUCUAAUCUUCUUAAUUAUAAUCCUUCUAUUUCUCAAUAUAUUAGGAAUCCCUCUUCAAUCUUAAAUGCACAUCCAACCUUUAUUCAGGCUGGCAAUUCCUUAAUUCCAGUUAUUAUUUUGCGGGUUGAUGGAUCAGCCCCUAUUGAACCAAAAGUUACCCCAAAUAUAAAUCUAAAGGCGUUACUACGACAGUAUCUUACACAAUAUGCAAAUAGCGUUAAUGAUCUGAAUCAAAAUAGGAAUUAUGGAGAUAAUAUUCAAAGUUAUGAAAAAAGUGAGGCUGCUGGACAGAGACCCUUAUAUGAUUUGGCGCAUUUGACUGAGAGUUUGAGUCAAUACUCGGAAGAUCCUACAUUCGCCAGGACUUUUUCUCAAAAAUUUGCGAAGAACAUUGCUGAAAAUCCACAGAAUUUCAAUACGCGUACCAAUUUGACACCAUCGAACUACGAUUCUUUGAUAAAAUCAGGUAGCAAUAGAAAUACGGGAUUCACUAGUACACAGGAUAGUCAAAUAUCAAAACCACAAAAGGUUAAGAGCGUUCAGAUUAUCGAGGAUCCUAGAUUUACAAGUUACACAACGCAUAGUUAGAGCAGCUUCCUCAACAUUUAUAUAUUCGUUUUUUUUUGUUUUUUUUUUUAAGAAACGUCCAAUCAAAAUUUGGAAGCAAUCGAUUUUAAAAGGGUACAUGCAUAUGCUAAGCGAGUAUUAUUGAAUUCAUCAACAAUCAAUUACUUCGAUUCAUUAAUAAUGUAGUUUUUAAAAAGUGCAUUCUAUAGACUGGUGAAUGUAUGCUAUGCCGUAAAGGAACAAUCUUUAGACAUACGUAACUCUUUAGAAAUAUAAUUAUUUAUCGUGGCAUUGUGCAAUAUAUAUAAAUACAUAUCUAUAUCAAUGUAUACGAUACGGAUAUUUUGAAAAGCAUGCGUAAAUCACUUGCAUUUGUUUUCUUCCGAAAGCUUGAUGCAUCGUGAUUUUCAAAAUGAUCGUAUUUCGAUGUAAGGUAAUAAUUUUGUGGUAAAACGCAACGCCAACCAAAUUGUCACACUUCAAAAUGGUACCUUAAAAAACGUCGUACGUAAGGGCUUUUGUUGAUAAAUGAAAACGCAGUAUUGUUUAAUGUAUUUUUAAUGAAAAAAAUAAAGUAAUAUUUUUGCAAUGAGA